GCCUCUCUCAGCCAGGCCAGCACUCGCAGGGACUUCGGUGCGCGGAGGAAGGGAGCACCACGAAUCACUGCACCAGUAGUUCCAGCAUGCCACAGUACAAGCUGACUUACUUCAACCUGCGAGGCCGAGCAGAAAUCAGCCGCUACCUGUUCGCCUAUUCAGGCACCAAGUAUGAAGACCACAGGAUAGAGGUGGCAGACUGGCUCAAAAUCAAACCAACUAUCCCAUUUGGCAAACUCCCCAUUCUGGAGGUUGAUGGAGUUGUCAUUCACCAGAGCCUGGCAAUAGGAAGAUACCUUGCCAAGGAAGCAGGUCUGGCAGGUCAGACACCUGUGGAACAGGCACUAGCUGAUGCCAUUGUGGACACCAUUGAUGACUUCAUGACCCUCUUCCCUUGGGCAGAGAAAAACCAGGAUGUUAGAAAACGAGCAUUUGAUGAGAUCCUCACCAACAAUGCACCUGGGCUCCUGAAAGACUUGGAUACUUUCCUAGGGGAUAAAGACUGGCUCGUAGGCAAGUCUGUAACGUGGGCUGAUUUCUACUGGGAUGUGUGCAGUACAACACUCCUGGCCUGCAAACCUGACCUGGCAGACAAACACCCCAGGCUCUUGGCUCUCAAGGACAGAGUGCAAGCACUUCCAGCUAUUGCAGCCUGGAUCCAGAAAAGACCAAAGUCUAUAAUGUAGAUUGGCUCUUCAGAAUGGGAGGAAAAUAACAACAACAACAAAUGCAAGUUUACAGAGUGACAGAACACCAGGGGCUGGAAGAGACCUGGAAAGCUCAUCCAGUCCAACUGCCCCUGCCAGAGCAGGGGUCACCUAGAACAGACCACGCUGGAUCAUGCCCAGCAGGGUCUUAAUAAAGUCCAAGUUUACUUUCCAACACA